AACACGGAAGUAGUAUUGUGUUUAUGUUCCGUGCCAGUUGUGUGUGUAGAGGAGAUAAACGGACGGCGGGAGAACGGUUUGGACGCCCCAUUGGCUGACUAGCUGAUUAUAUUGUUAGAAAAAUGGAUGGUGAUAUAAAAAUUAAAUCGGAAUAUGACAAUUACGAAGACAUGCAAUCUAAUGAGUUUGAACAAGAUGCAGAUGAGGAGCUUCCACAUGCAGAGGUUGUGGACGUGUUCCAAGAAGGCUUAGCAAUGAUGGUGCAGGAUCCUUUACUAUGUGACCUACCAAUACAGGUCACACUGGAGGAAAUAAAUUCCCAAAUUGCACUUGAAUUCGGCCAGGCCAUGACUGUCAAUGUGUGUAAAGCUGACAAAGAUAUAAUGCCUAUUGUUGUUGUCCAAAAUGCCACAGUUCUGGAUUUGAAAAGAGCUAUACAGAGGUACAUCCAGCUGAAGCACCAGCGUGAAGGUGGAAUACAGCAUGUUAGUUGGAAAUAUGUGUGGAGAACGUACUAUCUAGCUUUUGCGGGAGAGAAGCUUGAUCAUGAUGAGAAAAGUCUUCGCGAGUAUGGCAUUAAAAACAGAGAUGAGGUGUGUUUUGUUAAGAGGCUGAGAAAGAAAUAGCACCUUGGUAGGAGCAAGACACAUAUUUUUAAGGUAAUCUGCUUCUGUGAAGAAAAUUACCGGGAUGUUUAUUUUUGAUGCGCCAGUGGAAUGCAUUGUGGAAAUAAGAACAAACCACUAAAGCAUGGCAAACAAAAGACUGUAAUGUCUAUCAGACAAUGGACACUGAAUGAUUCAAAACUUUUUUAGAUUUCCUUUAUGUGGGUUUUUGUGUAACUAUUGUCUUUCAUAAAACAAUUCGUUCUUGUUAGUCUAAAACGUAUACUUUUGUUUUCUAAAUUCUUUCUAGUGCCAAUUGUAUAAAGCCCCGGAUCGGAAUUCUGCCCUAUUGGGUCUAUUUAUCAAAAAUUCACUUGGCCAUAUGCUAAUCAAGCAAUUCUGCCAAGAUUGAAAUGUACCCAGCACUUUCCGCCUGCAUUUGUUCUAUUUGUGAGCAGCUGCUGAAAAAAUCAUGCAAAUUUUGAAUGCUGCCUGUAAGGAAGUUUGAAUGCCUAAUCAAGUCAGCAAUAUCAAUUAUUUAA